UCAUUGAUGCAGUGGCUCUUCUGCUUGCCGCUUUGCCAACAAUGAAGAGUUCUACGGUUUGUUUUAAAACAAACAGUUUAAAAACUACCGCACUUAACUAAAAAAAAAAAAAAAAAAAAAAUCCAAACACUUCUCAUGCCAGCUGACCCCGCUUUGUCCACAGCUAAGAAUGGCAGCAGAAUGCUAUGUCACUAUAUACAAAAACAAGACAACCUGAAGCUAAAUGGAUGCCCGCAGCAGUGUCAACAGGGAGCCUCAACCACCAGCAGGAUUUUUAAAAGGCUGUCUAACUAUUUGAAUGUGAAAACCUUUGCAUCUUCUGAUAGUCUAGCCAAGGUCCAAGAAGUAGCAAGCUGGCUUUUGGAAAUGAAUCAGGAACUGCUCUCUGUGGGCAGCAAAAGACGACGAACUGGAGGCUCUCUGAGAGGUAACCCUUCCUCAAGCCAGAUAGAUGAGGAGCAGAUGAAUCGCGUGGUGGAGGAGGAACAGCAGCAGCAACUGAGACCACAAGAGGAGGAGCACACUGCGAGGAACGGUGCGAUUGUGGGUGUAGAACCUCCACCUGGAGACCAAAAUGAUUCCCAGCAAGGACACUUGGAAGAAAACAAUAAUCGAUUUAUUUCAGUAGAUGAGGAUUCCUCAGGAAACCAAGAAGACCAUGAGGAAGAUGAAGAACAUGCUGGUGAACAAGAUGAGGAGGAUGAGGAGGAGGAGGAAAUGGACCAGGAGAGUGAUGAUUUUGAUCAGUCUGAUGACAGUAGCAGAGAAGAUGAACAUACACAUAGUAACAGUGUCACGAACUCCAGUAGCAUUGUGGACUUGCCCAUUCACCAACUCUCUUCCCCGUUCUAUACAAAGACAACAAAAAUGAAAAGAAAGUUGGACCAUGGGUCUGAGGUCCGCUCUUUUUCUUUGGGAAAGAAACCAUGCAAAGUCUCAGAAUAUACAAGUACCACUGGGCUUGUACCAUGUUCAGCAACGCCAACAACUUUUGGGGACCUGAGAGCAGCCAAUGGCCAAGGGCAACAGCGACGCAGAAUUACAUCUGUCCAACCACCAACAGGCCUCCAGGAAUGGCUGAAAAUGUUUCAGAGCUGGAGUGGACCAGAGAAAUUGCUUGCUCUAGAUGAACUCAUUGAUAGCUGUGAGCCAACACAAGUCAAACAUAUGAUGCAAGUAAUAGAACCCCAGUUUCAACGAGACUUCAUUUCCUUACUCCCUAAAGAGUUGGCACUUUAUGUGCUUUCAUUCCUGGAACCCAAAGACCUGCUACAAGCGGCUCAGACAUGUCGCUACUGGAGAAUUUUGGCUGAAGACAACCUUCUUUGGAGAGAGAAAUGCAAAGAAGAAGGAAUUGAUGAACCAUUGCACAUCAAGAGAAGAAAAGUCAUAAAACCAGGUUUUACACAUAGUCCGUGGAAAAGUGCAUACAUCAGACAGCACAGAAUUGAUACUAACUGGAGGCGAGGAGAACUCAAAUCUCCUAAGGUACUGAAAGGACAUGAUGAUCAUGUGAUCACAUGCUUACAGUUUUGUGGUAACCGAAUAGUUAGUGGUUCUGAUGACAACACUUUAAAAGUUUGGUCAGCAGUCACAGGCAAAUGUCUGAGAACAUUAGUUGGACAUACAGGUGGAGUAUGGUCAUCACAGAUGAGAGACAAUAUCAUCAUUAGUGGAUCUACAGAUCGCACUCUCAAAGUGUGGAAUGCAGAGACAGGAGAAUGUAUACACACCUUAUACGGGCAUACUUCCACUGUGCGUUGUAUGCAUCUGCAUGAGAAAAGAGUUGUUAGCGGUUCUCGAGAUGCCACUCUUAGGGUUUGGGAUAUUGAGACAGGCCAGUGUUUACAUGUUUUGAUGGGUCAUGUAGCAGCAGUCCGCUGUGUUCAAUAUGAUGGCAGGAGGGUUGUUAGUGGAGCAUAUGAUUUUAUGGUGAAGGUGUGGGAUCCAGAGACUGAGACCUGUCUACACACGUUGCAGGGGCAUACUAAUAGAGUCUAUUCAUUACAGUUCGAUGGCAUCCAUGUGGUGAGUGGAUCUCUUGACACAUCAAUCCGAGUUUGGGAUGUGGAGACAGGGAACUGCAUUCACACGUUAACAGGGCACCAGUCAUUAACAAGUGGAAUGGAACUGAAAGACAAUAUUCUUGUUUCUGGGAAUGCAGAUUCUACAGUUAAAAUCUGGGAUAUCAAAACAGGACAGUGUUUACAAACAUUGCAAGGUCCCAACAAGCAUCAGAGUGCUGUGACCUGUUUACAGUUCAACAAGAACUUUGUAAUUACCAGCUCAGAUGAUGGAACUGUAAAACUAUGGGACUUGAAAACGGGUGAAUUUAUUCGAAAUCUAGUCACAUUGGAGAGUGGGGGGAGUGGGGGAGUUGUGUGGCGGAUCAGAGCCUCGAACACAAAGCUGGUGUGUGCAGUUGGGAGUCGGAAUGGGACUGAAGAAACCAAGCUGCUGGUGCUGGACUUUGAUGUGGACAUGAAGUGAAGAGCAGAAAGAUGAAUUUGUCCAAAUGUGUAGACGAUAUACUCCCUUCCCUUCCCCCUGCAAAAAAGAAAAAAAGAAAAAGAAAAAAAGUCCCUUGUUCUCAGUGGUGCAGGAUGUUGGCUUGGGGCAACAGAUUGAAAAGACCUACAGACUAAGAAGGGAAAGAAGAGACGACAAAGCAUAACUGACGAGAGAGGCAUCUGCUGGCUGUCCACUGGUGACUGAGGGCAGCCUUGCAAAGUGAGACUUUCUAAAUCAAACCAGGUGCAAUUAUUUCUUUACUUUCUUCUCCAGUGGUCAUUGGGCAGUGUUAAUGCUGAAACAUCAUUACAGAUUCUCCUAGCCUGUUCUUUUACCACUGACACCUAGACAGGAACUGCAAUAACAUCAAAACAAGUACUGGUUGACUUCCUAAUUAGAGAGCAUCUGCAACAAAAAAGUCAUUUUUUUCUGGAGUGGAAAAGCUAAAAAAAAAAAAAAUUACUGUGAAUUGUUUUUGUACAGUUAUCAUGAAAAGCUCCCCCCCCUUUUUUCUUUUCUUUUUUUCUUUUUUUCUUUUUUGCCAACCAUUGCCAAUGUCAAUCAAUCACAGUAUUAGCCUCUGUUAAUCUAUUUACUGUUGCUUCCAUAUACACUCUUCAAUGCGUAUGUUGCUCAAAGGUGGCAAGUUGUCCUGGGUUCUGUGAGUCCUGAGAUGGAGGUAAUUCUUGAUGCUGGUGCUAGAAGUAGGUCUUCAAAUAUGGGAUUGUUGUCCCACCCCUGUACUGUACUCCCAGUGGCCAAACUUAUUUAUGCUGCUAAAUGAAAGAAAGAAAAAGCAAAUUAUUUUUUUUUAUUUUUUUUCUGCUGUGACGUUUUAGUCCCAGACUGAAUUCCAAAUUUGCUCUAGUUUGGUUACAGAAAAAAGACUUUUUGCCACUGAAACUUGAACCAUCUGUGCCUCUAAGAGGCUGAGAAUGGAAGAGUUUCAGAUAAUAAAGAGUGAAGUUUGCCUGCAAGUAAAGAAUUGAGAGUGUGUGCAAAGCUUAUUUUCUUUUAUCUGGGCAAAAAUUAAAACACAUUCCUUGGAACAGAGCUAUUACUGCCUGUUCUGUGGAGAAACUUUUCUUUUUGAGGGCUGUGGUGAAUGGAUGAACGUAUAUCAUAAAACUGACAAAAUAUUUUAAAAAUAUAAAACACAAAAUUAAAAUAAAGUUGCUGGUCAGUCUUAGUGUUUUACAGUAUUUGGGAAAACAACUGUUACAGUUUUAUUGCUCUGAGUAACUGACAAAGCAGAAACUAUUCAGUUUUUGUAGUAAAGGUGUCACAUGCAAACAAACAAAAUGAAUGAAAAAGUCAAAUGGUUUGCCUCAUUCUCCAAGAGCCACAACUCAAGCUGAACUGUGAAAGUGGUUUAACACUGUAUCCUAGGUGAUCUUUUUUUUUCCUCCUCCUGUUUAUUUUUUUUGUUUGUUUUAUUUAUAGUCUGAUUUAAAACAAUCAGAUUCAAGUUGGUUAAUUUUAGUUAUGUAACAACCUGACAUGAUGGAGGAAAACAACCUUUAAAGGGAUUGUGUCUAUGGUUUGAUUCACUUAGAAAUUUUAUUUUCUUAUAACUUAAGUGCAAUAAAAUGUGUUUUUUCAUGUUA